UUUGUGCUCUUAUAUCCUGCUUCUUUAUCAUCAGGUGGCUGGCUGGCUAAGUGACCUUGUGCUCAAAUCUCCCGGGUGGGAGAGGGGAAGGCCACUAUCUUCGUGGGAAACAUUCUGCUAAAAAAUUUCUUCUUACUCCUUUGAGAAUACGGGGUGAGGGUCCCACAGUUGAGAAGCACUGGUCUAGAGCAGAAUGCCCUGUGUAGUGUGCUCAUACAUCAGGUAACAGUACUUGGUUUUGUUCUCAGAUUUGAAUGUCUGAAGCUCCCAGGUUACUCUGGAGAACCACAUGACUUCCGAAUGAUACCAGAUGAUUGAAAUCAAUAUUUAUGGACACAUCCCCGUAGUGGCUUUUCAGUUGUAUUUUAAUAAAUAAAGCUUGCCUAGGGGUUGCGAAAGUAAAACUGCCCCACUGGUCAGCCUUACAGCCAAGCAGUGGUAACACACACCUCUAAUCCCAGUGGCCACACUAGUUGCUGUAGAAAUCGGUCUGUGCAUGCCUUUAAUCCCAGUGGUGCACACCUUUAAUCCCAGCCCUAGAACGGAUUAUAAGACUGGAAGAGACAGUUCUCAGACACAGUCUCUUUCUGAGAUUCCUGGACGCAGGAUUGCCAUUUUGGACUGAGGUCGAGCUAAAGCAUAAGGGCUAGGCUUCUUAGACCAGGAAAUAAGCACUUCCUGUAAUUGAGAAAGAGGAACUCCGAAGUUUAGAGGGACUUACCCAGGCUGUAGAAGGGGACCCUGACCAGCUUCAGAGAAGACCCCAGACCUGUCCAAGACCUGCAAACUGUGCAGUUUCUGCUAUGCUGUCCUCUGAGUCACAGCCUGAGCUGAUGUGGGCUCUGCAGGGAUGCAGCUGCUGUGAAUCCAUCCCAGCUCCUUUCUAGCUGUCCUGGAGCUCAGUCUGAAGAUCAGGCAAUAGCAAAGCCAUUCUCUUCACUCCCUGGAAGUUGUGACCUGAGUCAUAAAAGGUAGGACCUGGGAGUUAUUGGUUUAUGGACAACUGCUGCCCAAAGACAGGGAGGAGCCCAGAAGUGGUGUGAGGUGGUCACAGCUGGUUGAUAGGGUGAGCAAGGGUCUGUUAGUGGUGAGAGUUGGGUGUGGUCUUAUUAUAAAUGUCUGGAUUCUGGUAUAGUCUGACAAGGCACCAGCUGAAGACAUGGACUUUACACUGCUUCUGUCUUUUCUGGUACUAUUGUCUACGGUUGCGAAGGCCACAACUGCCGAUGCUGCUUCUCUUUGCUACAGCUUCACUGUUGGCAAGUCAGGGUCUGGACCAUGGAGGCACAAAGUCCAAGGCCAACUGAACGAAGAGACUUUUCUUUCAUACAGCAGCAGCAGCAACUGCCAAGCCAUUGGUGCUUGGGGGAACCGACUGAAUGCCACAAAGAUCUGUGACAAACAGGUUGAUACUCUGAAAGAUGGAGUUGACCUGCUCAAAGAACAAGCGGUUCACAUGAAGCGGGAGAAGAAGACAUUCAGAGAGCCCCUCUCUCUGCAGGCCAGGCUGUGUUGUUGGCAUGAAGGAGAUGGACAUUUCAAUGGAUCCUGGGACUUUGACCUCAAUGGACACAAAAUGGUUCAUGUUGACUCAAGCACUGGAAAGUGGACUGAAGUUGAUCCUGGAUCCAGGUGGAUGAAGGAGAUGUGGGAAAAAAACAAGGAUUUAACAGACUUCUUAUCCAGGACCUCACAGGGGGACUGCAGGGCCUGGUUUAAGGAGAUGAUGAAGUCACUCUUGGAAGAAAAGCUGGAGCCUACAGCCUCAACAACCACUACUCCACAUGUGGACCAGCCUUUGUCCCUGGCCAUCAAGCCCAACAUCUCUGUCCCACUGAUAAUCCUCCGCUACUCCCUUCUUCUGUGGUCUCUGAGGAGAAUCAUUGACAGUUAAGGUUGAAGAUGCUCCAGAGAAGUCAUGAGAGUUCCUCUGGUGUCACCAUUCUCCCUUUCCAUCAGCCUCCACCAGAUGAAUCAUGAUGCUGCGGACACAGCAUUUCAUGGUCUUCACUCUUUGCAGUUGCUUGGGCUCUUUCGUAUCACCCUGUACUGUUUCCUUGGGGCUCCCUGGUUGAAUUUGCCCAUAACAUGGAACUACUUGAACUAGGGAUCUGAAAAUGGACAUGGUUGUGUGCACAUCCUUAGCAUAUGAAACAGGACAGCCAGAUCUCCUUAGUGAAAAUGUGAACUUUUUACUCUUGUAUAUCUAGGUCAAUAUGAGACAGACUAGAAAGGCCCCACCUCUGCUAAGGUAUUUGCUUGGAAGUUAAAUUCUGUCAAAAAUAUUGAUUUUUGUAAUAGAUAUUUAUUAUAACCACACCUUACUAGGCAGCCAUCUCUAGAACAAAAAAAAGUCUUUUAUUUUUAAAUGUCUGUAUAUAAUAUAGUCAUAAGAGAAAAUGUAAUAUUUUAUAAUAUCAUUACUAUUAUCGGUUAGUCAUACACUAGGUAGCCUAGCAAUGCCCACAUGCACAGUGAGAACAGAGAACCCAGAAGCUGCUCAGUCCGACAGGCUGGCUGUCCCUGCAGUGACAAUCUGGCAGUGAAAGGCAGAAGGUCCUGGGAGCUGGUGCUGUUGGGUCCACAUCCUCCUGGUGCAGGUCUGGGUCAGCGCUGCUCUCCACUGUGUCAGAGAAGCUUCUUCUGCACAUCCAGACCUGGGAUGGAAGGAGAGUGAACUCACACUAGUUUCCUCUGACUGUGCAGGGACACUGUGCACAAGUGCACUAGCACUCACACACACACACGUGACACAUACACACAACAGUGACAACAUAAGGACUUGAAAAUAUGGAGAGAUCACUACUGAAAACAUGUAUUUGAGGUAGGGCAUAACUAUGUAGCACAACAUGGGAUGGAACUCACUAUGUGGACCAGGCUGACCUGGAACUUGGAGAUCUUCCUGCCUCUACAUCCCAAGCAUUGUGCUUAAAGGUGUGUGCACAACACCUGACUGAUUCUUGGGUUUUGAGCUCUUAUGUUGUGCUACUAACGUAACACUAAGGUAAGAUGUACUAUUUCUCCCUAAUUAAUUUGUAACUCUAGUGGCAUUAAGUAGACUGGCCAUACUCAGGUAUAUCAGGCAUCACUAAAGGAAACCUGUAACAGCUAAUCUUAGAAAAGAGAAAUUGAGGUCUAUUUGUUUAGUUGAAGUCACUGGUAAUGUCUGUCCUUUGUUUUCAUUACUGGAAGCCAUCUGAUUGCUGUGUUGGCAUCUUUAAAAAUGCCAUCUUUCUAUUCAGAUGUUUGUGAACUUUCUUCUUGUGAUUGCUUUGCAUGUGUUCCUGUUUCUACAAAUGUGUAUAUGACAGCUUUGUGUGACUUUUAUAUAAAACUUUCAGAGAAUUCUCUUGUAAUUAUUUUACUUCUCAAAGUUUGUGGCAAUGGCUAUUUCAUUUGUAAUAAAAUAGCUGUAAUAUU